UCGGCAGGUUUAGAAGGGGACACAAUGUUUCUGUCGCACUACACGUGAGUUUGUGGAAACGAUUAUAAAAAUAACAGAGAUCUAAAGUAAAUCAGGAUUGUGUCAACAGGAUUAACUAGAAUCUGCAGCCAUGGGAAAGCUGAGAAAGAAAUUCAACUGGAAGGCAAGAGAGCAAAGCUCAUCUACCCCCCAACCUGCUGAAAAACACAAAGACAGUGAUGUGUUGCUGGAGUUAAAUGAGUCUGCCAUGUUAAAGGGGGUGGAUGAUUGUAACACUCUGAUCCUGCCUGGUACUAAAACUAAAAAGAAAAAAGUGGAGCUUUCUGUACCGAAGAAGAAACCUCUGAGCAGGAAACAGAGAAAGAACCUGGAGAAAGUCCUGGAGCACAAAGAGAAAAAAGCAAAUCGAUCAGAGAUCUUAAGUAAACUGGCAGAAGUUCAGCUCUCUGAAUCUGAAAGGAAGCUGCUUUACACGACCUCCAAACUGGGAACUGGAAAAAAACUCUACCAGACUAAAAAAUCUCUUGUUGAAGAGCUGGGCGACAGUUCUGCAGCAGUUAAAAUCAGCAGUCUGAGCGGUGCUAACAGGAAAAGAAAGAGGAAAAAAGAGGACGAGGAUGGAGAUGAAAGUGAAGAAUCGGACUCCUCGAAGGAGGAGACAGGUGACAUAUCAGAUUCUUCUUCAGAGGAUGAGAAAGACGAAAUAAAAGAUGAGACUUUGGAAAAAGCUACGCCUGAAAAUAUAGUGGAACAACAAGAGCAAAAGCAAGAUGAGGUCAAACCAGCGGUGAUCGACGUUUUGGACGAGAAGAACAAGGCUGAUGAGAAACAGGCUGAGCAGAAGAAACAUGUCUGUCAGCCUGCAACGUUCAUUCCAGUAGACAGACUGCCUGAGAUCCAGGAGGCUCGAUUGAAGUUGCCCGUGUUAGCCGAGGAGCAGGUGAUCAUGGAGGCCGUGAGGGAAAAUGACUGUGUGGUGCUGUGUGGAGAGACUGGCAGUGGCAAAACUACCCAGGUGCCCCAGUUCCUUUAUGAGGCUGGAUAUGCCAGUGCUGGUGGCAUCAUCGGUGUGACUGAACCCAGAAGAGUGGCAGCAGUCAGCAUGUCUCACCGUGUUGCCACAGAGAUGAACCUCUCCAGAGGGGUGGUGUCUUACCAGAUCAGAUACGAAGGUAACAUCACUAAAGACACCAAGAUCAAGUUCAUGACAGAUGGUGUCCUGCUAAAAGAAAUUCAAAAGGACUUCCUGUUGCAGAAAUACAGUGUGAUAAUAAUAGAUGAAGCUCACGAGCGCAGUGUCUACACCGACAUCCUCAUUGGUUUGCUUUCACGCAUUGUAACGCUUCGUAACAAGAAAGGAUUAGCCAUGAAACUGCUGAUUAUGUCUGCUACGCUGCGAGUGGAGGACUUUACCGAGAACAAGAAACUCUUCCGCGCUCCUCCUCCCGUCAUCAAGGUGGAGGCGCGCCAGUUUCCAGUCAGCGUUCAUUUUAACAAACGGACCCCCAUGGAGGAUUACGUAGGAGAGGCCUUCCGCAAAACCUGCAAGAUUCACCGCAUGCUGCCCCCAGGUGGGAUCCUGGUGUUUCUGACUGGUCAGGCUGAAGUUCACACUGUGUGCAGGAGACUUAGAAAGGCUUUUCCCUACAGACCCCACAAUACGGAUACAGAGGACACCUCAGAGGAGUUACGGACGUGUAAGAAAGUGAAGCAGAAGAAAACUGUGUCUCUUCCUCUGAUUGACCUGAAUAACUACUCUGCUCUGCCUGUGGACGAAGGGGACGAGGAUCGACAAGCUGGCAUUGAUGAUAUUGAUGACGAUGAAGGCUCAGAUCUGGAUUUAGGAGAUUACCCAGAGGACACGGAAGAGAAAGCUGAUCCUUCCAUUCCCCUGUACGUGCUUCCUCUCUACUCCCUCCUGGCACCCGAGAAGCAAGCUAAGGUGUUUCGUCCACCUCCUGCGGGAGCUCGUUUGUGUGUGGUGGCCACUAAUGUGGCGGAGACGUCUCUCACUAUUCCUGGUGUCAAAUACGUGGUGGACUGUGGUCGAGUAAAGAAGAGAUUCUACGACCGAGUUACUGGAGUUUCUUCCUUUAAGGUCUCCUGGACUUCACAGGCCUCAGCCAAUCAAAGAGCUGGAAGGGCGGGAAGAACAGAGGCAGGACACUGCUAUAGGCUCUAUUCGUCUGCAGUAUUUAGUGAUUUCAGUCAGUUCUCUGAGGCUGAGAUCACUCGUCGGCCUGUUGAUGACCUCGUCCUGCAAAUGAAAGAUCUGAACAUUGAGAAGGUGGCCAACUUUCCAUUCCCUACUCCGCCUUCCUUUGAAGCCCUGAUGGCCGCUGAGCAGCUUCUCAUUUCUUUGGGAGCUCUGGUGGAACCGCCUCGGCAGGGACGAGCGGUGGAUAUGGAGAGGGCCCGUUUGUCGUGUCCUAUAACCCCUCUGGGCCGGGCCAUGGCGGCGUUUCCGGUUGCUCCGCGCUAUGCUAAGAUGCUCGCGCUGGGCUGCCAGCAGGGCUGCAUGCCUUACGUCAUCACUAUAGUGGCAGCCAUGACGGUUAGAGAGAUCUUUGAGGAAGUUGACAGGCCAGGCAGUAGUGAGGAGGAAAGCAGUAAGCUGGCAGGGAGGAAGGCACGCUAUACUCAGAUGAGAAGGCUGUGGGCAGGCCAGGGCCAGUCUCUACUGCUGGGAGACCUCAUGGUGAUGCUCGGUGCUGUUGGGGCGUGUGAGUUUGCUGGCUGCACACCAAAGUUCUGCGAGGAGAACGGCCUCCGCUACAAAGCAAUGCUGGAGAUACGAAGGCUGCGGGGCCAGCUCACUAAUGCAGUGAAUGCGGUGUGUUCCGAUGCAGAAGUGUGUGUGGACAACAGAAUGGCUCCUCCUACAGAAUCUCAGGCCGUGUGUCUGAGGCAGAUCGUCCUGGCAGGGUUAGGAGAUCAUCUGGCCAGACGGGUACAAGCCGAGGAGCUGCUGGACCCGAAAUGGAGAAAUGCCUACAAGACCCCCCUGUUGGAUGAGCCUGUGUUCAUCCACCCCUCCUCUGCACUCCACAAAGAACUUCCUGACUUCAUCGUCUACCAGGAAAUCAUGGAGACGACCAAAAUGUACAUGAGAGGUGUGUGUGCAGUGCAGGCUGAUUGGAUCCCCAAGCUCCUACCCCAGUACUGCCACUUCAGUGGACCGGAGGAAAAUCCUUCCCCAUGGUACUGCCCUGACAGUGGCAAAGUGAAGUGUCAUCAGAAGAGCAUGUUCUUCAGAGUAGGUUGGAAGCUUCAUGCCAUUGAGAGGGAUCAUCCAGAGGGUCUCGAGCGCUACAAACUGUUCGCCAAAUGUCUGCUGGAGGGACAGGUGUUUUCCAAGUUGCAGCAGUACAGCACGUGUUUACUCUCCAGCCCCUCGACCAUGCAGAAGACCUGGGCUAAGCUGCAACCCCGGACUGAAAGUCUUCUGCAAGCAUUGGUGUCUGAAAAAGCAGAUAACAGAGAUGCGUUACAAGCUGUCUGGAUGAAAAAUGAAAAGUUUCUCCUGUCAGCAUACUGCCAGUGGAUUCCACAGUCCCUACACCAAGAAGUUGCUAAGACCUGGCCACCCGUCUGACAGGCUCUUCCUGCCCAAUCACGUUUCUCACCUCACUGAAAACAUUUACACUCGGGCCUUUUAAAUGGAAAACAGAGCUGAACUGUGAUGAUUUGGGCCUGUUUAGCCGUACUUUCAAGAAUGUGAGCAUUCUUACUCGUCUCUGAAAUGUAUCACCUUUUUUAACCACACAAUCACACAGCAGCCGAUGAUCUGUAAUGUCAUUUUAAGUUAGUCUUUAAGUAAAUGUGGCAGCUCAACAUGCUUGGGGGAGGACAGUAAUGGACGUACAUGGACAGACUUAGAUGUAAGUGAUAUCUGUGUAUGUCUUCAAUUCACAUAGAAGACCGAAAAUCUGUUGUUCUAACCGCAGAACAGAAUCAUUUGGGUGCUCUUGUGUACUCACUGCCACAUGACUACACCCUUUUGGGAACUGUAGUCCUCCAGUGAUGGUGGUGAUGGACAUAAUCGUAGGAAAUCCAGUCAACAUUUGAACUGAUCUCUUGAUCUCGUGUGUUUGAUCUUUAACUGAAAAGAUUAGCAGCUGAAGGUGUGACCAGGAUUAAACUGGCCAAAGUUCCAGCAUCUGAGAAUGUCGUUCCUGACGAGUUACCUGGGUCGCUCCUUUAUAUACUCAGGCAAAUAAAUCAUUUUUAAACAAG